GCUAUGGGCGGGAACUUCGGCGGAUGCUUGCGACCAUUGCGGCCUGUUUUCGUAUCCUUGCCAAGCUUGGUCUUCAGGUACAGCAUCGGAAAACUCAGCUGCUCGUUGCGCACAAGGGUCGCCAGGCGCAGAAAUGGUGGAAGGCAAACACGGCCUCCAACUCGGAGGGCCGCUUCCUGCUCAUUCCCCAGCCAAACCAGAAGAACCUCAGGUUACCCAUUGUCGAGCAGCUCACGUACCUCGGCGUCAUUCUUUCCUACAAAGACGCGACUACGGCCACGGUGGAUCAUCGCCUUCAAGUCGCGGAAGCACAGCGUGCGCGUCUACUCAGGGUACUUCACUCCCGGACGCUUCCCUUGGGUAAGCGUGUGCAGCUCUGGGUGGCAUGCGUCCGCAGCUCCGCUUUCUAUGGUCUUCACCUGCUAGACCACCAGCAAAAGCACCUGACCCGUAUCACCAUCAAUGUUGUGAAACACUUGCGGGCCAUUGCCAGGAGCUUUGCUCACAUGACCCAGGAGUCCAACAGCGCUCUCCUUGCCCGCUUAGGAAUAGAGGAUCCCUUGUCAUUCCUGCUUCGAGGCUGCCAGCGACUACUGACCAAGGCCCAGGCCUCUUGCGAUCCUAUGGUCACCCAGCCCAACAUCCUGCAAUGGCUCGUUAGAGUCACUGAAUCUAGGCUAGCCCUCACCUCCCACCUCGACUCGGUUCCACCCUUGACUCUCACGACAAUCUCGGACUCAAACAUUGAGCAAGCUGUGGAGGACUCUGUGCGCAUCGCCUCUCUACCCGGCCGCCUUACUGGGGCGCCGAAAGGGGAAAAAGUUACUGGCCAGCAUGGUCCCAGGUACGCUACCCUCACCUGCCCUACGUGCCAGCUCUCAUUCCCCGACCUUGCCACGCUCAAACGGCAUCACCAGAAAUAUCAUGAAACCGAGCUGCCCAAUCCCAACACCUCGGUCGAUGCUGCCGCUGUUCGCAACCACAGUGUUGACCGUAUGCCGAUAUGUAUGCACUGUGGGCGGGAUUAA